UGUGGGCGCCGCCGGCCGCCUUCAGGGCGCCGUAUAAAAGGGCCGCACAGGCCUCACUUCGGCACGUUGCUCGAGCAAUCAGUCCCACAGCAGUCAUGGCCUCCAAGUUUGUCGUCCUCGCCCUCGUGGCCCUCUCCGCCUUCCAGGUGAACGGCCAGGUCUCCCUGAGCCUCGGCGGCUCUGGCAGCGCCCUCAGCAGCAUCGCCCAGCUCGGUAGGAACACCGCCGCCCGCGCCGCCGCCGCGGCCGUCGACGGCGUCACCGCCGCCGCCAACGUUGCCGGCAACGCCGUCGGCACCGCUCAGGACACCGCCAACGUCGGCAUCAGCGUGGGCUCUGGCCUCGCCGGCGUCGCCAACGACUUCACCGCCACCCGCGUCAACAGCCUGGCCAACUCUACCCAGCAGGUCGCCAACGCCUUCAACUCCGCCGCCAACGCUGGCCUCGACAUCGGUCUGGACGUUGCCAGGACUGGCCUGAACAUCGCUAGCCGUGGUGUGGAGGUCGCCAAGAACAUCACCACCAAGGCCAUCGAGAUCGGAGCCAACAUCGCCGAGGCCGGUCUUAACGCCACCCGCAACGUCGCUGCCGGCGCCGUCAACCUGGGCAAGAGAAUCGCCGCCGCCAAGCUCAACAUGGCCAACAGGGCCACCAACGCCACCAGGAACAUCGCCACCCGCGCCCAGAACACCAUCAACUCGGCCAUCGACACCAGCUCCUCCGGCGCCACCGGCCUGGUCGACUCCGCUGCCUCCGCCGCCCGCUCCGCCAUCAACGGCGCCGCCGCCACCGCCAUCGACGCCCUCAGCAACGUCGCCGGCAACUCCAGCAGCGCCACCGUCUCCAUCACUAUCUAAGCCGGGGGACGCGUGUGCCGUUCGAAACUCACAUUCAAACGGAACUAUUUAGGAAAAUAAACGAACUUUCAGGCCCUCUAAAA